AUGUAUAUUAAGGCAGAGCAGAAACCCCCACAAUUCAAAAAGAAUGAUGAGAAAUCACACAGAAAUAAAAAUCAGCGGCUACCGGAUCUCGAAACGGAUUUUAAGGACCACGGGGUUAAUUUGGACUUAUACAGGAAGGAUAUGAAUGGCAGCGCUGAGGAGACGUUAAACUCUCUGAAAUUUUUGCAUAAACCUCAACGAGUAACACAGAUGAGAGCCAACAGGUUCCCAGAAGAAGAAGUACAAAGGAACACUAACUUAAACAAGAGGAUUUCUUCGGCAAGGAACGAUGAAAACUCUGAAAACGAUGACGAUAGUUCCAGCGGUGGACCCGCCACGGGCAAGACUGAAGCAACAUCAAAUAGCAGUGCAAAGUAUCCAUUCAAGAUAGAGCUGCCUCCGCUUUCUCCAAGAUCAUUCUUAGCUACCCCCUCUUACGAAACUGAAUAUCCGGAGACCAAGUCUCCUGGCAAUGAUAUGAACUUUGAAUACGAUGAAGAGAUUCUGAUUCCAUUUGCGCCUCCUGUAUAUAAGAAGUCUGGCGAACUGCUAAAAAGCUCACUGAAGAGAAGAUCAAAGUCGCUUCCCACAACUCCGGGUAUAAGGGAGAGCAGGGGGGACGGUUGCCGAAGGGGAGGUGAUGGUCCUGUGUUACUUAGAAGUAAAAGUGUCCAUUUCAAUCAAGCCACUCCGGUAAAAUACUUCGCAGAAGACGAAAGCCCUAUAAAUGUCAAUAAAACUGAACAGUACGAUAACCGCUUGAGUUUUAAGCAUAAACCAGUGAACUUGAUGGUAGACCCAGAUGAGGAGGAAAGACUGUUAUCUUUGGGAUUAGAAACUACUUCUAUUGGUGACGAUUUGACAACGGUUGCACCCAAGGGCUUUACUAACCCUGCUAAAAAUCCAAAUGCUAGUAAUGGCAACAGUAUUAAUAACACUAAAUUAAGGAAAAGUAAAAGAUUCCAGAGUCUCGUAAAAAAUAAAACGGUAAUUCCACCACCCAAACUCAAUAAAAAUUUCACGAAUGGUGGUAGCACUGACGAAUUCCAGAACCGGGAUUCGACUAACUACCACGUUGUCGGGCUCUAUAGUAAGAAUUUCCCCAUUUUGAGCAACAAGAACCCAAAAAGUUUAAAGUUAAACAUUUUUAUUAACUUGUCACAAAACAAAAAAGUCUUCCUACAAGAAUUAUCACUAUACAUUCACAGAGACAGCAACUUUCUUUUCAGUACCCCAUCAUUUAAUAAUAUUCCCGAAGGUCACAACAACAACAACAACAAUGAAGGCAUCAUGAACAAGGGUAAUAACACCGGCUGUACAAGAUUAAUUGUGGGAAGGAUAUUGGUGAAAAAUAUUUUCUAUGAUAAAAGAGUGGUGAUACGAUAUACAUGGGAUGGGUGGAGGACGGCGCACGAAGUGGAAUGCGUUUAUAUUAGCAAUGGAGAUGGAAUCUUGCCGGGCACCGAUAUGGACAUUUUCCAUUUCAUUAUCGACGACGCCAGCAAACUUGAUCCUCGAGGCAGGCUGGAAUUUUGUAUCCACUAUUCCACACGCAACGACUAUAAACGAGAGGAAUACUGGGACAACAAUAACGGGAAAAAUUAUAAAGUUGAGGUUGUCAUGGAUGGUUUCAAAGAUCCGUUCGCAGUAGUCGGUUGA